GUUGUGCUUACAUUACUCUUUAGAUCUCUCUUGAAAAGGGCUGGUAUAUUUGUGCCUGCUGGAGGUGGAAUUAACAGUAAGAAGGAGAAAGGGAUUGAAUGGAUUUACAGGAAGGAUUUCAAGCAAAUUCAGGGAAACACAUUUAUUUGAAUAGUACAACCUUGAGUGUUAUUUUACACUAGGAGGACACAAAAGAUGUUAAAGUUAUCACCAAGCUGCCGGACAAAUACAUAUUUCAACACCAAGGUGCAGAUCAGCCUAGAUCUGUGAUUCAGAAAUCAGGAUUUGUCUUGGGAAGAGCUCAAGGGUUGAGAAGAACUCAAGAGCAAGUGAAGAUAACUUGGGAACUUCAGUUUAUCAGAAGAUCAGCUUUCGUUAAUUCAAAUACCAAAGGCCCGAUCAUCCUAAAUUCAUAUAGGAAUGCAUAGGUCAUCCGAUCAAAUACUAUUAGUCGUCUUCUGCCACAUCAAUGAAGCAAAAACUCUUAACAACUGUGGAUAAUUGGAAAUCCAAGUUUCAGCUUUCGUAGAAAUAACUACUUUUGACACAUUCCAAAAUAUUUAAAAUAGGAACGGAAAAUCAGUGAGGAUGUUGUGUUCAGAAAUGUCACUGUCAUGAAGAAUAGGUAAAUUUGUUUGUUCAGCUACUGGGAAACUGGACCUCCUAGGAAUUUUUUUUUUUUUUUUUAAGAGAAGAAGGACUAAAAAUAUCAACUUUUGCUUUUGGACAAAAAUGCAUCUGACUGCAUUUUUACUUAGGGGUAUUGUGGCUUUUCUCUGGAGCUGCUGGGUUCUAGUGGGUUAUUCUAAAGGAGGCUUGGGAGACAAUCAUGUUCACUCCAGUUUUAUUUAUAGAAGACUACGGAACCACGAAAGACGGGAAAUACAGAGGGAAAUUCUCUCUAUCUUGGGUUUGCCUCACAGACCCAGACCAUUUUCACCUGGAAAACAAGCGUCGUCUGCGCCUCUCUUUAUGCUGGACCUGUACAAUGCCAUGGCCAAUGAAGAAAAUCCAGAAGAGUCGGAAUAUUCAGUGAGGGCAUCCCUGGCAGGAGAGACCAGAGGGGCAAGAAAGGUAUACCCAGCCUCUCCCAAUGGGUAUCCUCGCCGUAUACAGUUAUCUCGAACAGCGCCUCUGACCACCCAGAGCCCUCCUCUAGCCAGCCUACAUGAUACCAACUUUCUGAAUGACGCAGACAUGGUCAUGAGCUUUGUCAACUUAGUUGAAAGGGACAAGGAUUUUUCUCACCAGCGAAGGCAUUACAAAGAAUUUCGCUUUGAUCUUACUCAAAUUCCUCACGGAGAAGCAGUGACAGCCGCUGAAUUCCGGAUAUACAAGGAUCGGAGCAAUAAUCGAUUCGAGAAUGAAACAAUUAAGAUUAGCAUAUAUCAAAUCAUCAAGGAAUACACAAAUAGAGAUGCAGAUUUGUUCCUGUUAGACACAAGAAAGGCCCAAGCUUUAGAUGUGGGUUGGCUUGUCUUUGAUAUCACUGUGACCAGCAAUCAUUGGGUGAUUAAUCCACAGAACAAUCUGGGCUUACAGCUCUGUGCUGAAACAGGGGAUGGACGCAGUAUCAACGUAAAAUCUGCUGGUCUUGUGGGAAGACAUGGACCUCAGUCAAAACAACCGUUCAUGGUGGCCUUUUUCAAGGCGAGUGAGGUACUUCUUCGAUCUGUGAGAGCAGCCAGCAAACGGAAAAAUCAAAACCGCAAUAAAUCCAGCUCUCAUCAGGACUCCUCUAGAAUGUCCAGUGUUGGAGAUUAUAAUACCAGUGAACAAAAACAAGCCUGUAAGAAGCACGAACUGUAUGUGAGCUUCCGGGAUCUGGGGUGGCAGGACUGGAUUAUAGCACCAGAAGGAUAUGCUGCAUUUUAUUGUGAUGGAGAGUGCUCUUUUCCACUUAAUGCUCACAUGAAUGCCACCAACCAUGCGAUAGUUCAGACCCUGGUUCAUCUGAUGUUUCCUGACCACGUACCAAAGCCUUGUUGUGCACCCACCAAAUUAAAUGCCAUAUCUGUUUUAUAUUUUGAUGACAGCUCCAAUGUUAUUUUGAAAAAAUACAGAAAUAUGGUAGUACGCUCAUGUGGCUGCCACUAGUGUUACAAUAAUAUUAGCAACAGAAAGAUCUGUAUUAAGGUUUAUGACUGCAAUAAAAAGCAUACUUUCAGACAAAAGGAGAAUUUUUAAAAAAUUAGUCUGAUUCAUUUCAUCUCUUCUUAUGUACAAUAUCAUGUAUAUAUUCAUUUCUAUUUAUUUAAAGGUAUAUAUUCUCCUUUGUGAAUACCUUAUCAGUAAAAUCUACUUUAUAGAUCACUACAUUAUACAGUAGAUCACUCUUUCAAUGAGAUAUGUUGAGUGCAGUUCAAUUCCAUUUCAACAUUUUUUCCAAUACAAAUUUUAUACAAUUUACUGAGCUUAAACAGAACUUCUUUGACUGUUUAAUAUCAUUGAAGGACAUUGGAUGCAUAUAGUUGUAUGUGCCAAUCAAAAUUGUGAAGAGUAUUUAUUUAGAAAAAAAAGCUAACAAGAUAGCAACCCAAACAAAAAUGCUUGAAUAAAAAGUUUUUCUUUGAGACUUUCUGCUUCAUUAGAUACAAUGAAAUGUUGAACUGGAUUUGAAUAAACAAACAGUAGCCAGAACAUAGAAACUGAAAGGUUGCACAAAAUUGUUAUAACUGUUUGCUUUAACAGAAUUGGUGUAACUGUAGGAGCAUGUUCCUUUUUGGCUUGCAGACAGUCGAUUUUGCAAGAAGCUCAAAGUUUGAGGAAUUCUAUGGAGACAGGCCUGAGCUUGUGUCUAUAACUUUCAAGUUAACACUAAAAAAUUGUAGUACAACCUUCUUACCUCAAAUAAAUCAUGUAUGUCUAUUAUCUAGAACACUACUGCUGCAGAUUCUUUCAAAUUUAAAAACUUUGUCCAAAAUAAAGAAACAUUUAUGUAUGCUCUUCCCUAUCCACAGACACAGCAUGCAGAAAAAGUGCUGGAGCAGAAGAUGCCAACACAUGGUCAUAUUCUUUAGCUCUCUGAGUUUGUUGAUUGAUGUGAUGCAAGGGAUUUUAUUUGGGGUAAAAGCACUGAAACUAAACUGGAGGAAAUUAUAAAAAAUCCCAGCAUGGCUUUGACAGAAUUUCCAUUUUGAAAGAACAGCUGUAAUCUAUUUUUCAUAUCUUUGAUAAUGAGCUCAAGGAAAACCUUAUUUUGUAAAAAGAUUUUGUAAACGUGCUUCCAUGCACAUAUAAUUCCAAAUGGGAAGGUUCUGGUGUGUGUGUAUGUGUGUGUGUGUGUGUGUAUUUUCUUCCCUCUGAAAUUAAUUUAUUUUCCCUCUCUAAUGGAAUGCCAUUUAAGGCAGUUUUAAACACAAAGUACUUGUUGAAGAAUGAUUUUUAAAUUCCUAACCUGCUACUUAUAGUGGUUCCAUGGUUGGGUUGUUACGGUUCAUCUGAAAUAUUUGUUGAGCAUCAUUAAUUGAAUACUCUUUUGAAUAUUUCAAACAAGUUGUAUUAUCACUGGCUUCAAAAACAUUAUUGAUUUGUUCAUAAUUCAGGUAUAUCACAAUGUUGUUUUGAAAUACAGUUUAUCUUAAGAAAAUUUGACACCUAUUUUGGGGGUACAUUAAAUAAUAUAUUUUAAUAAUAGUGUACCAUGGAGAGAAUAAGA